AUGGCGGUGCCGGCGAGGCCCGCGGGCGAGCCGUACCCGGAGGAGACCGUGGGCGCAUUGUGGUACCGCGCGCCGGAGCUGCUGAUGGGCUUCCGGAGCUACGGGCCCGCCAUCGACAUGUGGGCGCUGGGUUGCGUCAUGGCCGAGGUGCUGACCGGCGAGCCGCUGUUCGGGGGCGCCGAGACGUCGGACGACAUGUACGCCAAGGUGCUGGAGCUGUGCGGGAUGGACACGCCGGAGCUUCAGACGAGCCUGCGGGAGCUGUCGGAGGCCGGGCAAGAGGUCUUGUGUGGUCUGCUGAGCUUCAAGGCCGAGAAGAGGCUCACCGCGGCGGAGGCGCUCAGCCACCGGUGGUUCGACGAGGAGGAUGCGCCCCUGUCCACACUUUGUUCUCAGCCGGAUCGGCGUGGUUUCAUCAGUUUCUUCUAG